AUGCUCUUCAGCAUAAAUCCAAAUCAAGGAGAAACUGACUUAAUCAAGAUCGAAUUAAUACAAGAAAUUGUUGAGCAAUUAUCAAGUUUCAUUUUUAUCGAACAAUACAUUGGUAAAAUGAAAAAACUUCAAAUUAGUGCACGACUUCUUACAAUAGUCGAUAGUAUUCAAGAUGAAGCUACACAUUUUCAAAUUUAUCGUAUUCUAGCAGCGAUAUUAACAGAAAAAGAUAUUAAAACACUCGCAUCACCUGACAAAAUUGUUACGAUUUUUCUUAGAAAAAUUAAUGAUAUUAGCAAUAAUAUUUGCCAACGAGAACCUCUAAGUAAUAUAUUAAUAGCUUUAAAAAGUCUAGUACAACAUGAUCAAAUUAAAGAUGAGAUUGUCAAACAACAAGGAUUACCCCUUUUAAUACGAUGUGCAACCGAACCAGAACUUAUAAAACAAGGUGAGGGUAAUACAUGGUCUCUAGAGAUAUUACUGGCUCUUACAUUCAAUAAGGAAGCAUUUAAUACUAUUAAGAAUAACAUUGAAUUCAUGAAGCAUCUCAGAGCCUUGCUUCAUUCUACAGAUGACGAUGGAAAACGAUUUGCAGACAGCAUCUUAUGGAAACUUGAACAAGACAAAAAAGACGUUGAAUCAACAAAUAUUUCAUCUAAUGAUCAAUAUGAUAUCAUGCUUAGCUAUUCACAUCGUAAUAAAGAUCUUUGCUAUGCUAUUUAUGAUCGUCUUAUCAAAGAUGGUUUUCGAGUAUGGAUUGAUCGAGAAAAUAUGUAUGGAUCUCCUAUGGAUUCCAUGGCUUAUGCUAUUGAAAAUUCUCAAUAUGUUCUUGUGUGUAUGUCUGAGGCAUACAAACAAAGUCCUUGUUGUCAAUUAGAAGCUCAGUAUGCAUUUCAGAAACGACGUCCACUCAUUCCAUUGGUCAUGACUCCAAGAUAUAAGCCAGAUGGAUGGUUAGGCAUUAUUGUCAGUGGAAAAAUCUAUAUCGAUAUUCCUAAAUUGACAAUUGACUCCGCCUAUAUCGCCCUUAAAAAAGAAAUUAAUGCAUAUCUUAAAAAGAGAAAUGCAAUCGAAGAAGUAUCGUCUCGAAAAACACCACUGGACCACAAUUCUGUAUCAAAAAUUUCUGCAACAGCAAGAGCACUUUCGAUCACUGAAAUGACAUCUGAAACUCAUCGAUCGAUCACGUAA